AUGGCAGCUCAUCUACGUUUGUUCUGGCACCAUCAUUGACAAGGAUUGGGUGGUGACGCCGAGCGAGUGCGUCGUAGACAUUCCAACCAAGGAUUUGGUAGUGAUUGCCGGCGUGACAGACCUGAGAACCACGUCAGAAUUAAAGCAAGUCCGUGCUGUGGCCGAUAGGAGGAUGCACACGGGCACGGGCACCCUCCAAGAGCCGCUCGCUCUUGGAAAUAGCGUGCGGCCAACGCUGAUUCCGCGGAUGAAGAAGACUGAUUCGGAAGGGUCAUCGAUAAAUCAGUUUGAGAAGGAUCUCACGUGGAUGAAGGCAUUAGGAUGGGGCCAGUCUGUUGAAGAGGGCCUUCCUGAGCAACUCAGCGUCGUGGACCUCAUGGUGAAGCUGGGCUAUAAGGAGAAGUUCUGCUGGGCCAGGAACGUUGAUGGACGUGGGGGUGAAUUAUGUGGAAUACCUAAAGCCCCUGGAAGGCUGUGUCCUAGAGAGACGCCGGCGGGGCUGUCAUUUACCCGUUCGUUGGCCAGAAUCGUACGGUUGUCUGGGCACAACUUGCCAGCUGCUUUGGCGAUGAGCUCGCAGGAUGACAUUUCUACCUGCCAGAUCAAUGCGACUGGCUGGAACAGGGUGCCGGCCACAAGAUCUGCAAAGACGAGGAUUCGCUUUAAGCGGAAACAGGGCAAUAAACUGUUCUUAUCAACUUGUAUGAAAAGUCCUCGCCGAGUCCUUGUUCCGCACAAGAUGACUGUGCUGAUUUGU